GUUCUCUCUACGAGCACAGCACGCAAACGUGGGGGAGACUAGAACCUAGAAAAAAUCCCACCUUUCGAUCUGCCUGGCGGCGCGGCGCGGAACAAGCUACCAGCACUCAUGGCGGUGGAGGAGAUCACGGAGGGCGUGCGGGGCCUCAAGGUGGAGGACGGCGAGGGCGCGGCCGCACCCGCCGCGCCGGCCGCCGGCGCCGCCGGGGAGGGCCCGAGGAGGGGCAACAACAACAGCAACCGCAUCCAGGUGUCCAACACCAAGAAGCCCCUCUUCUUCUAUGUCAACCUCGCCAAGAGGUAUAUGCAGCAGCACGGCGACGUCGAGCUCUCCGCGCUCGGGAUGGCCAUUGCAACGGUUGUGACCGUGGCGGAGAUUCUCAAAAACAACGGCCUUGCUGUUGAGAAGAAGAUUAGGACAUCCACUGUGGAAAUAAACGAUGAAUCGAGAGGCCGUCCAUUCCAAAAGGCCAAGAUUGAGAUAGAGUUGGGGAAGAGCGACAAAUUUGACGAGCUGAUGGCAUCCGCUGCGGAAGAUGCCGAGGAAGGAGAGGAGGAGGCCUGAAAAGAAAAGAAAAAGCAGUAGCGGUCACCUAUUGUUGAUGUACUUUGUUAUCCUUGUUGUUGUUUAAAACCAAUGCAUGAGAGAUGUCAUGUUUGUGCAACUCAUGACUUCUCCAUGGCAGUGUGUGAACUUGAGUGUGUGAUGAUAAUCCUGUUUUGUGUCUUCGGCAUCUUUUGCUUUUGUUUCUUUGAACUGCUGGCUUGUUUUUAUUGCA